AUAAGAGAGUUUGCAAUUUGUACUAAUUUGUAUUCCUUGAUCUCACUUGGUUCUAACUUUUCUGAACCACCAAAACACUGCAGUGUUAAUCAUGUCACAUCCUUUAACAACAAAUAACGAUAGUAUGCAUAAUUCGAUAGAUGAAAAAAGCAUUGAUCUGGAAAAUUGUAGAAAACUAGUCAAAUCCUACAUUGAUUUGCAUCUGUACAGUGCAGCUUUAUUUUGGGCUGAUAAAGUGGUGUCACUAAGUAAUGAGGACCCGAAAGAUGUAUGCACCUUGGCGCAGUGUAUGUAUCUCAUGAAACAAUAUCAUCGUGCUGUACACCUCAUAAAGAGAUAUGGAUUGGAAAAGACUAAUGUAAUGUGUCACUACUUAACUGUGAGGUGUUUAUUGGAAGCUAAGGAAUAUAAUGAUGCGCUUCAAGUCAUUAAUGAAUCUGAAAUAUGUACAAAUAUAACACAAGCAGGUAUUACCUUCGCCGAUCGCACAGACAUUUUUCAGGAUGCUCCAAAAAAUGUUCAGAGUUCAAUAUUAUAUGUAAAAGGAAGAGUGUAUGAAGCUAUGGAUAACAGAGCAGUAGCAACAGAAUGUUACAAGCAAGCUUUACAGUGUGAUGUCUAUUCGUAUGAAGCGUUUGAAGCUUUAGUGCAAAAUCAAAUGCUCUCGGCCUCUGAAGAACGGGAACUCUUGGAGUCUUUACCAUAUGAACAAUGUACAAAAGGUGAAGCAGAACUUUUAAGACUGCUGUAUGAUAGCAAAUUAAAGAAAUAUCAAGAACCGAACACAAAGCAAUCGUUAAUUACGUGUAGUGUAAUGGGAAUUAGCGUCACUGACAGAUUAGCAGACAAUUUAGACAUGGAAGUCACAAAGGCUGAGAGAUUGUAUUAUAAUUGUGACUAUCAUCAAUGUUUCUCACUUACAGAGAAAAUCCUGAAAAAGGAUCCAUACCAUAAUUCUUGUCUUCCAGUGCACAUUGCCUGUUUAGUCGAGCUUAAGAAAACUAAUGCUCUGUUUUAUCUGGCGCAUAGAUUAGUAGAUUUAUAUCCAGAAAUGGCCUUGUCAUGGUUUGCAGUGGGAUGUUAUUAUUACACUAUAGGUAAAAGUGAUCAAGCAAGAAGAUAUUUAGCAAAGGCCACCGCACUGGAUAGAUUGUUUGGUCCCGCUUGGUUGGCAUAUGGACAUUCCUUUGCCGUGGAAAAUGAACAUGAUCAAGCAAUGGCUGCUUAUUUUAAAGCAUCUCAACUAAUGAAAGGUUGCCAUCUUCCGUUUUUAUAUAUUGGAUUGGAGUGCGGUUUGACGAAUAAUCUCAAAUUAGCCGACAAAUUCUUUCAACAAGCUCAAGGAAUAGCACCAAACGACCCGUUUGUGAUACACGAAAUGGGUGUUAUAUGUUUUUACAACUUAGAUUACAAAAAUGCAGAACGAUUAUUUAAGGAAGCCAUGAAAAGUAUUCAAGGCGAUCUAAGGAAUGUGAUUCUUCCCAGCAAAUGGGAAUCAUUAUUGAAUAAUCUGGGACACACUUGUAGAAAAAUGAAAAAGUACGACGAAGCAUUAGAGUAUCAUCAACAGGCGCUAGUUUUAGAUCCUCUGAAUCCAUCGACAUACUCGUCAAUCGGAUUUAUUCACGCAUUAAUGGGCAACAUCCAGGAGGCAGUGGAUGCUUUUCAUAGAGCACUUGGUCUUCGAAGAGACGAUACAUUUACUGCAACUAUGUUGGGCUACGUAAUGGAGCAGUUGAUCGACGAGGCACCGCCGUAUUCUGAUGCGCCUACGGAAAUACCGAAAUAUAGCAAGUCUCAAGGGAAUGAAACUAAACUGGUCGAGGAUAACGAAGUUCAAUUAACCAUGGAAAGUUCGAAUACCGUGUGCCCUAGUUCCGAUAGUCAAAAUAUCGACAAAUUAAGAACAAAUUUGUUCUCUGGAAGCUGGGGAGAGAAUUCAAGCAAAGGGGAAAAUAGUACACCUAAAUUAGAACAGCAAACGCGAGAUGUGCUGGUUGUUAAUUACUCGACCAGCGACACGUCCGAAGUUGAAAUGCUAGAUUCAUCGACCGCACACAUAGAAUAUAACUAAACUAGCAAAUUUAAAUAGCGCUUUAUUAAGCAUAUUUAUAUUCUGUGUGUAAUAUGCAAUUCAGUACAAUAGAAUAAUGAUGUAAAUAGUGUAUAUACUUGAUUUCCAUACUCUAGUUUUUAUACAUCUUAUAAAAUUAUAAUUUUCUGCGACAAGAUAUUGUAUCAACUUACAUUAUAAACGUGUGCUAGAUUGAAAAAUAAAGAAUGUGUAGAUAA